GCCCUGAGCUUGCGGCUGCUCCGCCCUCCCCCAGGCCUCCGGCCUUGCUGGGCUGCUGGUUGGAGGCGGCCCGCGGGCCUGCUGACGGCUCGGUGGGACGUCGGCUCCUGCCGUCUUUCAAGGCUUCCUUCAGCAUUGGUGCUGGUGGUUUCCUGCCGGCGUGAUCCAUUUUCCAACGGUGCGGGGCUGUUUUCCUCCCCCAAGUUUGUCGUGCGUUUGGUUCAUGGAUAUAAGACAACUCUUUAAAACUGUAUUCUCCGCCUCACUUUUUGGUUAGCAUCGUGUGUCAGCAGCAGAUGGAUAUGUCCUUUUUUUUUUUUUUUUUUAAAAAGUGUUAUUUCCAAACACAGACAUUAGAGAAAACAGUAAAAUGGCGCGUUAAGCCCCUCCAGUCACAUAAAUUCAACAGUUAGGAAGAUUUUGCUACAUUUUCUCUCUCUCCACCCUUUGGUGGGUCCCAGUCUCCGUGGCCUUUCACUUCUACAGCUUUCAGAACGCGUAUCAAACGAUACAGGGAGGUGCGGCUCUUUCGAAGACAGACAAAAACAACUUUGGAAGUUUCUCUGCUGGAAAAACAUCCUUGCUCCAAGUUUAUAAUUGCGGUAGGAAAUAAUGCAGUAGCGUUUUUGUCGUCAUUUGUCAUGAAUUCGGGAGCCUGGGAAGAAGUUGGUUGUGCUAAACUCUGGAAUGAAUGGUGUAGGACAACGGACACCGCGCACCUGUCCCCCACAGAGGCUUUUUGUGUGUUUUAUCACCUGAAAUCGAAUCCCUCAGUCAUGCUCUGCCAGUGCAGUUGCUACGUGGCCGAAGAUCAGCAGUAUCAGUGGCUGGAAAAGGUUUUUGGCUCUUGUCCAAGGAAGAAUAUGCAAGUCACUGUUCUCACAUGUCGCCAUGUUACUGACUAUAAAACUUCAGAAUCUACCAGCAGCCUUCAUACUCCUUUCCUGAAAGCUCUAAAAACUCAGAAUUUCAAAGAGCCGCCCUCCUGUUCACUGCUGGAGCAACCAAAUAUUGUCCACGACCUUCCUGCAGCAGUUCUGAGUUACUGUCAAGUAUGGAGAAUCCCUGCAGUUCUGUACUUGUGUUACACUGAUGUGAUGAAGUUAGACCUGAUCACAGUCGAAGCUUUUAAGCCUGUACUUUCUUCUAGAAGCUUAAAGUGUUUGGUUAAGAAUAUUCCCCAGAGCACAGAGAUACUGAAGAAAUUGAUGACAACAAAUGAGAUUCAGAGUAACAUUUACACGUGAUUCCCAAGAUCGUUUUGUACAGUGUAUCACCCAUCCAUUCCUUUAAGGGCAGCAGCGUACCCUGUUUUGUAAUUACUUUUUUCCACGGGGGUAUUAUGAGGGUGUUAACAGAAUAAACUUAUUUUAAAUUCA